AUGGAGGAGUCAGGACCAGCAGGAGAGGACACGUUUGACUCCUUAGAGGAGUUCCAAAUGGUCCUCAAUGAGCUGGUUGGGGAUAAGAGCAUGGAACAGGUCCGGGUGGAGUAUGAGAAACUCAUCCUUGCACUGAAGAAGUCCCGUGAAAAUGAGAGGAGGCUCAUGUCCAAAUGCAGAGAACUGAAUGCAGAGAUUGUGUCCACCUCGACCAAAGUUGCAGCUGCCCUGAAGCUGUCCCAGGAGGACGAGACAACUAUUACCUCACUAAAGAGGGAGCUGGAUAAAGCCUGGAAAAUGGUUGAUGCUGCUCACGAUAAAGAGAAAAAGGACAAAGACACCAUCAGGCAUUUAAAAGAAGAAGUCGCUAAUCUAACAAAAAUGGCUGAACAACAAACUGGCCUCUCUAUGGACCAAGAGCAGAGUGCUCUACUAAAAAUGAAUGAGGAGUUGACUAAGGAGAGGGACCAGCUGCUGACAACAGUGGAGAGUCUGAGAGAAAAACUGAACAAAAGCAACACAACCCAGCAGGAGGUAGAAGCCCAAAAAGAGAGCGCCUUAGAGAAUAUUUCUCAGCUCCAACAGGAACUCCAGGUACAACAGAAUGAGAUUUCCCGGGAGAUGAGGUUGAAGGAGAAGCUGGAUAAGGAGGUGAAGCAGCUACAUGUUGACAUGGAGGCCAAGAAUGGGGACAUUAAAGCUCUGAACCUGCAGGGUCACAGAGCCAAAGAGGAGCAGCAGAGACUGGAGCAACAGCUGAAAGAGCUGAAGAUCAUGAACGAGAGAGCCACCAAGGAGCUGGAGCAGAUGCAGGUGAAGAACGCCAAGCUGCAGCAGGAGUGUGAGCAGCUCUCAUCGGUCAAAGAACACCUCUGUUUGGAAAAUCAGCAGAACACUAAUGAGCUCAAGAUGAGAGAAGAAGAGGUGAACCAGAUGCGCCAGGAGAUUGCCAAACAAACAAAGAUGAGAGAAGCCAUCCAGAAGAGGUUUCACCAGAUGGAGGAUCAGAAAGCUGAUGUGGACGUGCAGAAGGAGACGUUGAAAGCUCAGAUCGCCGGUCUGGAGAAAGAUCUCGAAUCUUCCCAAAAACAAGUUGAAGCUGACAAGAAAGCCAUAGACGAGCUGACCAGAGAGAGAGACAUUUUGAAUAAGAACAUGAUCAAAGCUGCACAGUCAACUGAGAAACAGCAGAACAUCGUGAAGCUCCUCGAGCAGGACAAGAAAACCUUGGAACACGAGAUCAAUGGCUACAGGCAGGAGGCCCAAAAGCAGCGGAAAAUCAUCCAGCAGCUGGAGAAAGAGCGAGACCGCUACAUCAAUGAGACCAGCAACCUCAUGCAGAAGGUGCAACAAAGAAUGAGUGAUGUAGAAGUAAAAGAGAUGGAGAUAUUUGACUGGAGGAAGAAGGUCACUGAGGCUGAGUGCAAGCUCAAACAGCAAGAGAACCUGCUGGAGUCUGUCGUGUCUGAAAGGAACCUGUACAGCAAAAACCUCAUCGAGGCUCAGGAAGAGAUCGCAGAGAUGAAGAGGAAGAUGAAGACCAUGAACAACCAGGUCACCCGCUUGAGAGAUGAAAUCACUGGGAAGGAGCUGGCUCUGGCCAAGGAUCAGCAGGAGCACAAGCGCUUAGAGAAGGAUAACGAGGCUCUCAAGGGGGAGCUGCAGACCAUUAAGCUCCAGCUGGAGGAAACAAAGCAGCGCAUCGACACUCAGAAAGCAGAGCAACAGAAGCUGCAGAAGAUCAUAGCCGAUGGCGAUGCCGAACAGAUCCGACAGAAGAAACAGCUGGAACAGGUGAUCAGAGAGCGGGACAACCUGGGCAAGCAGCUGCUCCACCGCAACGAUGAGCGCGCCCUGCUGUACGAGAAGAUCAGGAUCCAGCAGUCCAUCCUGAGCAAGGGAGACUUCCACUACAACCAGAGGAUGGAGGACAUCCACCUCCUCAAGCUGGAGAUCAAGAGGCUCCGGCGUAAGAAGAACAUCCUGGACAAGACUAUACCCAACACAGAGGACCUGAGACGAGAGCUGUUCCACCUGCAGAGGGAGCUGCUGAGAGAAAGGACGAGGAACAGCGUGCUGGAGGAGCAGCUGAAGCCUAUUAAUAUUCAUAGAUGGAGACGACUGGAGGGCAGUGACCCCGGCAAAUAUGAACUCAUCCAGAAGAUUCAGUCCUUACAGAAAAGACUGAUCGCCAAGACUCAAGAGCUAGAAGAGAGAGAACUACUAUUACAGGAAAAGGAGAAGCUGUAUGUGGAGCUGAAGCACAUUCUGGCCCGGCAGCCGGGUCCAGAGGCAGCGGAGCAGCUCCAGCAGUGCCAGUGGACGAUCAGAGAGAGAACUAAAAAACUCAAGUCAUUGAUAGCUGAGCUGAGAGUGCUCGACUCCAAGUUGAACGAGUAUACAAGUGAGAAUCAGAGAUUAUCCAAUGAGCUGACAAACAUCAAGAAGAAGUACCUGAGUCAGAAAAAGCUUCACAGUGAGCAGAGAACCCAGACCAAGGUGGAGCAGCUGGAUCUCCUGCCCCAGCUGAGCAGCAAGCCACACUUCACUGGAGGAGGCUUCAGGAUCGACAACCCUGUGAGAAGAUAA